AUGAACUUUAGAAGUUCAAAGCAGAAAACUUUCAUCAAAACAAACAGAGCAGCAGAUAUUAAAUUAUUUGAUGAUUUACAAUUUUUAAAUCGUACAAAAUUAACUGCUGGUACGAAAAUUACAAAAAAAAGGUUAAAAUAUCUAAGAUACGAUCCCAUGCAAAUUACAUACCAUUCAGAUCCCACCCAUCUGAAAAUCAUGUUUGGUGAAAAAAGAAAAUCAUGUGGAAAUCAUAUUUGA